AUGAAGGGCCAUGAAGCUUCCAGCCAGCUCGACCGCCUUCUUUCGACACGUCCUCGUUUCCAAUCGACUUCGAAUCCGGUCUCUCCAACCGCUCACCGAAAAACCAACCGCUAUUCGAUGCUCAUUCCAUUCGAUCCGAACCUUCACCGCACAUCUUCUAACCAAUCUAGCCGAUCCAAAUUCGCCGAUAUUGAUCAUCAUCAAGUCGUCUUCCCAGCAUUUUUGAACUGA